UCAAUUUCACCCUACUGAUCAAUUUCACCCGAAUUUACGGUACCUUCCGUGAGAGGGAAACCAGGAAGUGAUUGUGUCAGGUGUGAAGAUUGUACCCCCUUUCCGAGUACAAUAGCUAACGGGAGCUACAGCUGGCGUUGCUGCAAGUGAAAGGGCGAUGGUGUGAUAGUUUUUCAUUGGUGCAGGAGAUUCAGCUAAUUGCAGUUUUCUCUCCCACGCGCGCACUCGGGAAAACCGGGAUUUCGCGACUAGUCUGCUCUAAUAUUUUCUAGUGAUUUUUUUCUCCAUCGACCCUCUCAACCACGGCGAAAUUGCUGGAUGACCCGCAUGCUGAGUGUUUUUCAAGUGCUUCACACCUAUGAGGUUGGGCAAGUGAGCGAGUGAAGUGAAGUAGUGGCACAAAUUCCUGAUCCUGGGAGGCGGUGGAAAUUUACGGCUCGGAUUAUUAAUGAAGGAUGAUGAAAAAAGUGUGAAACGCUGGCAGAAUAAAUUUCGCUCCUUCCCAGCGGUGGAAGAUAAAAGGCUCCUUUAGGGUUCGGUUCCAGUCGUCGAAAAAGUGCACAAGAAAGAGUGUGACAUACAAAGUAAAUAUUUGAGAUAUUCGAGGCUGAGCAUCGGCAGUGCUAAGGAAAAAAGUGAGUGAAAGUGAGCACAUAAAUCAAGAAAGUGCUUGGCGAGUGGAGAAGGUGCUAACAGUUCAACGGAAAUGUGCCGUACCAGCUGAAUCAACUGAAGAGAAAUGGAAAAAGUGUUUCCGGUGCUAGAAGAAAAGUGCUAUAUCCCUCCCCAUCCCUAACUGCCAUCCCCGCCCAUACAAAAGUGUAGUUUCACACACACGGGUCUGGAACCCCCUUUGGCCGUCAUUAGCUUCAAUCACCGAGGAAAAGUUCCAUGUGUAGAAGAAGAAACAGAAGAAAGUAACAAAACAGCAACAACCCGAACCCAGCUUAAUUGUCCCGAGCAAAGCAACCCGUAAAUAGCAUAAUCCAAGAAGGCAACGGCGACAGCAGGUGGAAGAAACCAUCGAAGCAGGCCACCCAACCUAUCGACCAUUAAUAGUCGAAACGCGCACAAACCAUACCCCAUUCCCCCGACUACUAAGAUCUGCUAAGAAAAAGGGAAAACUCGCGUGCAACUUACGCCGCCCAGCCAAGAAGAACGAGUGUUUCGAUUUUCCUUCUGUUUUCCCUCGGUAUCAUUAUAUCCCAUUCUUGGAGAAUCCGUCUUGGGCACUCCUUGUCAUCAUCGGCACCCCGCGCAUAGCAACCGACUUUUGACGCACACCCCACCCAAUCCCGGCACACUUGGAUCUACUCGAAAGCACCCCAUCCGACCCCCUCCCCCUCGUUCCAGUAGUAACUGAAAGCUCGAAAUCUCACCGGGAAAAAAAUGGAUAAAAUUUGGAUAACAUUCCUGCUGCUGCUCAUCGCAAUCAUCAACGCGCAAACAAACGGACAAUCAGUGGUGAACGUGCAGCUUUCGGUGAAAAAAUACGUCGAACGGGGCAGCGAAGUGGCACUGUACUGUGAGAAUGACGCCGCUCCAGAUAUCCUCUACAAGGUAACGUUCCUGAAAAGUGGCAAUAAAAUAUUCGAGUACAUCAAGGGUCGGAGUCCACCGUACCGGAACUUUUCGAUUGCGGGCGCCGAGAUAGAUUGGAAGAAGGUGAAUCCUUCGACGCUAACGUUGAAAAACGUCGACUACGAAGCGUCUGGUUCCUACUACUGCGAGGUGUCCACCGACACUCCAAUCUUCACGAAGGCGUCCAAUGACGAACCGAUGCACGUCAUGCUGCCCCAGAAGGGACCGCCAUCGAUCGAGUUCGCCAAAAAGCAGCUGUACUACGGCGACAUGCUAGUGGCCAACUGUACAACCUCGCGAGCCAAACCCGCCCCGCACAUAACGUGGCUAAUUAAUGGAAAACAGGUGGAAGACAAAUAUGUCCGGCAGCUCCAUCACACGCCAAAGGGUGGCCACCGCUCGAAGCAGCAACUGCAACAGCCGCCGUCGCAGCAGCUCGACAAACAGCAACUGACGAUGCCGUCGCUUGUCACGUCGCAGAGUGCGCUCUACCAUGGCAAGGUGAUUGCCGGAACAUCCGCCAGCAGCGGCAGCGGUGGGUCCACAACCGGUGGCACGACGUCGCACUCCCUCAAGGAGCUGAAGGCGGUGGCGAAGGAGGUCGAGCGGAAGGCAUCGCUGGCAAAUGGCAAUUUUAAUGGCUACUCACCGUACAAAGACAAUGGCGGCUUGGGCAACUUCCAGAUUCAGCCCAACACCGGAUACAACAGUUUGGAUGGGUUCUACAAUGGGAUGAGGACGACGCACCAUCGGGAGAGGGAACGCAGCGGAGGCAUCGGGGUGUUCAACAUAGACGGCCAUCGGAUGGGAGACGAGGCGAACGAGGACGAGGAGAGUGAUAAAAAGACUUCCUGGCACAAGGGCGACUAUCAUACAAAUUUGUUCUACGACAAUAAGCAACAGCAGCAGCAGCAGCAACACUACGACAGUGGCUAUAGGAAACAUCGCAACGUUUACGAGCACAAAAAUCGACGGCACGUGAAUGACGCCACCGCCGAGAGGAAGAUGCACCGGAUAUCGGCCAGCUACAGUCAGCUGGCGAUUCGAAUUACGGAAGCCCUCACCAACAACGUUGGCCGGAUAGAGAUCACCUGCCUGGCGACGAUUCCGGCCCGCGUGGAACCCGGUGAACAGUACGCCGACUACAAGACGUCACUUAUCAAGCUCGACAUCGAGCAGAACGACCUAACGUCUCCGGAACCCUCAACCGGAUCGCUAGCGCACGCCAAAUCCGACGCCGUGCAGACGUCCAACUUCCAGACGAGUUCCGGCCUCUGUCGGAACCUGUUGGCCCUGCAGUGUGGCUUCGUUGCCCUGCUGUUACUGUACCACCGGAGAUCGGCAGCAGCGUGGUUUCUGCCCUCGUCGCUAGCGUAGAUCUCACCUCGCCCCGCCGCGAGCCGAAAUCACCUUCUCCGAAUCAAUCGAACAAAAAUCGUGCCCUGCGUGCAGCUAUUAGACGAGACGAGGGGGGAUGGAAUGGAAGUACAGAAGAGGGCGCAUCCGCCGCCAGGAGGUGAUUCCAGCGGGACACGAAAAGUCAGUCAGCCAAAGCCAACUGCGGAUCGGGGCGCGCACGAGGAAGGUAAGUGUGUCUUUUCGUUGAAUAGAAAUGGGUUUUCGUCGAACG